CGCUCUGUCAGCGCCUGUUAAAACCGCCGCAAAGUCCCCAGAGCUCGGCCGAGGCGCAAUGCAACUUUUCGCCCACUGAUCUCUCAAGUCGACUUGCCUCCUUACCAGUAAACGAACGCACACGUAUCUCAAAAAUUCACAAUGAGCGGCCCCGGUGUUGGAUUCGAGUACCCUCGCCAGGAGGUUGCCUGGCUGAAGCGCGAUGUUUUGCUCUUCGCGAACACCGUCGGUGCCACUGACGACGAGCUUCACUUCCUCUACGAGCUUCACCCUAAUUUCGCCGUCUUUCCCACAUACCCUCUCAUCCUCACGUUCAAGGGUGACACCCAAGAGGUAGUCGACUUCUACGCCGCGCAAAAGGCCGUCCAGAUCCCCAACGUUCCCUCAUUCGAUGCCCGGCGCGUCGUCGACGGCCAGCGCAAGAUCAUCCUCCAUAAGCCCGUUCCCACCACCUCGGCCGGCAAGAAGUUCGAAGUCCGAACCAAGGUCCUCGGCGUUUACGACAAGGGCCGCCCCGGCUCCGUUGUCGAGACCCAGACCGACUUGGUCGAGCUCCCCAGCAACGAGGUCUACGCCAGCAUCAUCACCAGCAGCUUCUACGUCGCGCAGGGCAACUGGGGCGGGCCCAAAGGCCCCGCGACCGAGAACUUCCCUCCUCCGAAGGGCAAGAAGCCCGACGCCACUUUUGAACAGCAGACGACCAAGGAGUCGGCGCUUCUGUAUCGCCUCAAUGGAGAUUACAACCCGCUACACGCGACCCCCGAGCCGGGCAAGAAGAUGGGCUUCCCCGGAGCCAUCAUGCACGGCUUGUACUCGUGGAACUCAACAGCCCACGGCCUGCUGAAGGCCUUUGGAGGCAGCGACCCUGCCAACAUCAAGGAAUACCAGGCGCGUUUCGCUAGCCCUGUCAUGCCUGGCGACAAGCUGAUUACGGAUGCUUGGAGGACGGGUGAUGUCAAGGACGGCUGGGAAGAGAUCCGUUUUCAGACCAAGGUUGAGGGCGGCAAGGUUGUUCUUAGCAACGGCCGGGCCCUGAUUAAGGUUGUGGAGUCGCCCAAGUCGAAGUUGUAAAAUCAUGUCGAAGGAUUCCAUUCCAUUUUGCAAGCAUUUGGUACUCGAGUACGGCAGCUUUGAAUUUGCAACAGGAUAAACAUUUUGGAAUGCCGCGAC